GACCGGCUGCGUGGAGAGUGGGGUGCUCGGCGGUGCCAGUGUCCGGGGCUCUGCCUGCUGGCUGGCCGAUGUGGGCUACACCUCUCCGGUCAUCAUUGCCUGGGAUCCGUCCUGAGGAGGGUAUGGUGGCCAACAUGGUGGCCAAGGACCUCAAACGGUUCAUGAACCACAGAGCCCCGGCGAACAGCCGCUAUAAACCGACCUGCUAUGAACAUGCUGCCAACUGCUACACACAUGCAUUCCUCAUUGUCCCUUCUAUCGUGGGAAGUGCUUUAUUACACCGCAUGUCAGAUGACCGAUGGGAGAAGAUAACAGCAUGCAUUUAUGGAAUGGGCCUGUGUGCACUUUUUAUAGUGUCCACUGUAUUUCACAUAGUCACCUGGAAGAAAAGUCAUCUCAGGAGUGUAGAGCAUUGUUUCCACAUGUGUGACAGAAUGGUCAUCUACUUUUUCAUUGCGGCAUCCUAUGCACCAUGGUUAAAUCUUCGAGAACUGGGACCCCUGGCCUCUCACAUGAGGUGGUUCAUUUGGCUGAUGGCUGCUGGUGGAACCAUUUAUGUGUUUCUAUACCAUGAAAGGUAUAAGAUUGUUGAAUUGCUCUUCUACCUAGCAAUGGGAUUUUCUCCAGCUUUAGUAGUGACGUCAAUGAACAAUACAGAUGGCUUACAAGAGCUUGCCUGGGGAGGACUCAUCUACUGCUUGGGUGUGGUGUUCUUCAAGAGCGACGGGAUCAUCCCUUUUGCACAUGCCAUCUGGCACCUCUUUGUGGCACUUGCAGCUGCUGUGCAUUAUUAUGCCAUUUGGAAAUACCUUUACAAAAGUCCGACCCGUAUGACAGGAUGAGGCAGAUUAAACAAAACUCUAUCAGUAUUACUUGACUUGGAAAAGAAUGUAUGAUAAGGCGAAGGAGGUAUUGUAUUCUACAAAAAAAUAAUGCACUGAAGUAUCUGGUUCUCUACAACUUACUGUGAACAAGAUGUGAAUCUUAAGAGCAGUUAAUAACGAGGCCCAUUCCUCAGCCAACAUUUUGCCCCUGGCUGACCUGGUCUAAGACUUUCCUGCUCGUCCCAGACACAAAAGUGCUCAGCAGCCAGCUCUUAGAGUCAGUCAAGCCAGGUCCUGCAACUGGCAUGUCUAAUGUUUACAACGCGGGGAAAUUAUUUUUUCUAUCAGUGGUUUGAAGAUACUUUUUAAACACAGAUGUAUUUCUUUAUAAGUCGAAUUCAAACAUUUCAAGAUUUAAAAUGCCAAUCGUUGAAGUAAAUGAGGGUAUUUUCAUUCCUCCAGUUUCUACAAGCACUUACGAAUAUAAAAAACAAACAAAAAACCUCAGUCUAUACAUUCCAAAAACUAAGAUGCUUAUGCUCGUAAAAGAUGGGAGACGGUUAUGUUUGUUAUACCUGAAGCCUGAAAUAGUAAAGAAGGAAGUGGUCUUGAUUCGGUUACUGAAUUGUGCACUUUUUGCACCCUCUACGACAUCCAUGGAAACUAGAUGGGUUCAGCAACGUGUGUCAAAGUUUGUCCAAUUUUAAUAUGGAAGAAAUUAGAACUUUGACUAAGAUGGUUCCUAAUCAAUGAUGACGUACCUGGAUAUAAAGAAAACUUAAAGGGAACCUGUCACCUAAAAAACGCCUCCCAUACCACCAGCAU